AUGAUGAUGGAAGCCAGCUUUGACACUGAGGAGAGUUUUGACGACCCCUCCUGUCUCGCCCCGCAGCCCCCCGGCUCCGUCUCGCCGGCCAAGAGGCAGAUCAGGGAGGUCAAGGAGACCAAGAUCACGAUCAACUGUGUCACGUUCCCUCUGCCUGGAGAAGGUCCGGAGCAGCAGCUCCUCAAGCCCAAUGAGUGGAGCUACUGUGAUUACUUCUGGACGGACAAGAAGGACCCGCAGGGGACGACGUCGGUGGCGGGCUUCGAGGUGCUCCUGCAGAAGCAGCUGAAGGGCAAACAGAUGCAGAAGGAGAUGGCCGAGUUUAUCCACGAGAGGAUAAAGAUUGAGGAGGAAUACGCCAAGAACCUCUCCAAGCUGUCUCUGAGCCCUCUGGCUGCACAGGAGGAGGGGACGCUCGGGGAAGCCUGGACGCAGCUGAAGAAGAGUCUCCAUGAUGAAGCUGAGGUCCACCUGAAGUUCUCCAACAAGCUCCACAGCGAGGUAGAGAAGCCCUUGCUGACGUUCAGAGGCGACAACUUCAAGAAGGAUCUGAAAAAGUACGACCAUCACAUCGCCGACCUCAGGAAGCAGCUGGCCAGCCGCUACGCCAGCGUGGAGAAGGCCCGCAAAGCCCUGGCUGACAGGCAGAAAGACCUGGAGGUGAAGACCCAGCAGCUGGAGAUCAAACUCAGCAACAAGACAGAGGAGGACAUCAAGAAGGCCCGGCGGAAAUCCACACAAGCAGGAGACGACCUGAUGCGCUGUGUGGAUCUGUACAACCAAACCCAGUCCAAGUGGUUUGAGGAGAUGGUCACUACAAGCAUGGAGCUGGAGAAACUGGAGGUCGACCGGAUUGAGUGGAUUCAGCAGCAUCUACGCCAGUACACGACUCUGCGGCACGAAACCGACAUGUUCAACCAAAGUACGGUCGAGCCAGUGGAUCAGCUGCUGCAGAGCGUCGAUCCAGCCAAAGACAGGGAGCUGUGGGUGAAGGAGCAUAAAACCGGCGAGGUGCGCCCCGUGGACAUGGACAUAUAGACCACACUGACCUGGGAUCAGCCACUCCCGCUUUCCGUCUCAGCAGCGUCCGAGUCCGCGAAACACUUCCACCACCGACCCGGGGCGGACGGUGCAUGUUCAGGCUGCAGAGGUCCGCCCGUCCCGUCUCCGCCCGCCUGGAACAAGAGGAGGGAGGCUUCGUCCCCUCGCGCAGUUUGAGUCCAGGAAACACAAACGGACCAUAAAUCAACCAUAAAAACUACCAGCAUGUUCCUUCUAAAUUUUACCAGUAUUAUAAUCUACAUUAGCUUACUGAAUGCCACUUGACAUAUUUUGUUGUUUACCUGUUGUAAAGUCGAGACUAUUAAAAAAAUGCUAUGUACUUUGAGCUGUUUAGUCUAGCUUCAGGUCACUUUCCAAUUUGGACACACCGAACAAAACAAAACAAAACAAACAAAAAAAAAGGCUGAUUAUUGAUUCUUUAAUUAUUUUAGACACUGAUAUUGACGCGUAUUGAGGUAACCUUAGAGUGAAUAUGAUAUAUUUUCAUAUUUUGCUGGUUCUUUUUGGUGGAAAUGCAUGUUUUGAAUAUCUUUUUUAACCCGUGCGCAGUCCUUUCGGUUUCGUGUAAGAGUUUGACCGAUCGAGUUUGACACGAGGCGUCGGUCCACUCGUCCAGAUCGAGAUCUCCAUCGCAAAAUUUUAUCCCACUUUAACCUCAGCUGAUUACAGAGACAAAAAAAAAAGAAAAAAAAAAAAAAACGAUAUUUUUGGAAUGCGAAUUUGGUAUUUUCGCCGCUCGCCCCCCCGACACGUGGUCCAAUCAGAUUUAGGCCAGGGUCUGUUUUUGGAUCAGUCCUGAGGAAACAAAAAAAAAAUGAUCCAUGUUUCACUGAAAACACCUUUUAGUGCCUAACGGUUAUACACCUGGAAUGUCCUUGAUAUACUCUACUCUGCAUCGGUGUACAUUUGUAUAUACAGGCUAAAUGUAUUUUGCUGUCAAAUGUUGAACAGGCUGUUACUCCGAGUCAGCCGAGUGUUUGUACAUUGUUGUUUGUUUUAUUAUUAUUAUUUUUUUUUUUUCUUGGUAAAUGUACAGAGAAUAUCUUCAAGAUGGUGUCUGGCAGGGAUUAUAUUCAGCAAAAAUUCACACUUGCAGACGGGAGCGUUCUCGAUGGAUUAUUGAUCGACUCCACUGACGAAAACCCCCCAUAGAGAGUAUCCACCUGCAUGUACAGUACCGUGUGUGUCUGUGUUUACACGUGUGUGUGUGUGUGUGUGUGUGUGUGUGUUUACGUCCGUCUUUGUCUUUGCAUUUUGUCGUGAAUUUCUCUGUAAAACCAGUUCCCCCUCUCAGCUUCAGAGGCACAAGGCUGAUCAAAUUAGACUCACUCAAGGACACAGAAAAAAAAAAAAAAUAAUAAUAAUAAUUGCCAUGAAAAAAGUGUUUACCUUCUUUAUCAGCAAUGCAUUGCUAAUAAUGAGAAAUAUACAUUAUACACCUGUUGCAUUUAACAUGACUUAUUUUUUUGUGCUAAAAUGAAGGAAUGUCCAUUUUUAAUGCAAAUCAAGCAAAAUGGAUCCACCAUGACAAACCGCUCCAGGUUUAAAUGGCAGAUUUUGUCGUAGAGGUUUAUCAGUGUGUGUGUGUGUGAGUGGGAGUGUGUGUGUGUGUGUGUGUGUGUGUGUGUGUGCGUGUCGAUGUUGUGCACUAAAUGUGACCGAGCUGUUAAAUGUUUGUAAAGCAGAAACUGAAUAUUUCAGAAUGACGUACGUGUUGAGUUAACUGCCCUUGGUGACAAUUUUUUUUUUUUUUUCUCAUGCCGUGGAUUAAUUAAACCUGAUGUUCCUGAAGUUUUCCAGAGUGUUUUAUCCUCGGUGACCGACGUCCAGACAAUGUGCUGUGGAAUGCAGUGUCCAAAAUAAAUCUCCUCGUUGAAAA